AUGUCGGGAGCUACAGAUCGCGAGGCUGUCUUCCCGACCCGGCAGUCGCUGGGUAUCAUGAAGGCCAAGCUCAAGGGAGCAGAGACAGGACAUAGUCUGUUGAAAAGAAAGAGCGAGGCUCUUACGAAGGUUCGCACAAAACAAGACAACGUCUCCGGUGUUUUGCUUCCGGCUUUUGAAAGUUAUCUCACUGAGGGCAAUAACGACUUUGGCCUGACAGGCUUGGGCAAGGGAGGACAGCAGGUUCAACGAUGCAGAGAAACAUACGCCCGCGCUGUGGAAGCACUUGUUGAACUUGCCAGUCUGCAGACUGCAUUCGUAAUCCUUGACGAGGUUAUCAAAGUAGAAGUAAACGCCAUCGAACAUGUCAUUAUACCAAGGACCGAAAACACCAUCAAGUACAUCAACUCGGAGCUAGACGAGCUUGACCGCGAGGAAUUCUACAGAUUGAAGAAGGUUGCAAACAAAAAGCAGCGCGAUACAGCUGCGGCAGAUGCCGAAAUGAAGGCGCGUCGUGAAGUGGAGGCUGCGGCGCAAAACGGACAGACGUCUCAAAAGGACGAUGUUACCCCUACAGAUGUUCUUGGUGCGGGAGACGAUGAAGACGUUAUCUUUUAG